AUGUCAGAAAUACUCUCAGAGAGCUUGAGAAAACACACCUUGACCAAAUGGUGGGGUUGCUGGCGAGAACCGGAAACUUACACCGAAAGCAGCUCUGAUCGACCCCAAAACCCUGAAUACCCUCAUCCCAACGAGCCACCUACCUCCUUGAACGCCUGUUUCGAAGCACCAGAAGCAGCAAUGGAGGCGAGAUCGAUGCCCUCCGCUGUGAGAAGCGACAAAUUGAAAGACUCGUCACAAUGGCGAGCAUGGUAUAUGCAAAUAAAGGCUUUUGCAGCACAAAGAACAGUCUGGGAUCUCUGUAACCCAGACACCGACGAAUUGCAUCGUCCAAAGGCUCUGGAAGAGCCAAUUGAGCCUGAAUACCCUGAGGAAGGAAACGAAAAGACCCUGAAGGCCUGGAGAGAUCGCUUGGAGAUCUACAAGAUCAAAGCGAAGCGCUGGGAAAAGCAGCAAAAGGGUCUGAAUGAAGUGAAUGAUUAUAUCAUCACUUACCUGGACAACUCCCUACGUCUCAGUGUCCUCAUAUAUGAUACGCCUAUCGGACGCUUAGCAUACCUCAAGAAGCGCUUUGCCCGAUCUUACGUGUAUGAGGAGGAAGUGCGUAUGAAAUGGAAGGCUUUCUCUUCUCAAAGGCCUACUGGAGACGUCGAGAAAUGGCUGUUCGACUGGAAUGACCUACGAGAACAAGCUAUUAACCUCGAACUUGACGAGGUGAAGAGUGCAAACAAGGACUUCCUCUAUGCAAUCAAGGAUGUCUCACCGGUUUGGUGGCAGGCGUAUCACGAGAAGAUCAUCGUGAAAGGCAAAUCAAUCGAUACACCGGACCUGAUUGAAUCUUUUCGAGCGUCAUACCAGGAUGCGGGACCUAAUAGAGCGACACCCUCUCCGUCGGCAAUGAAGGGCUCUUUUUCUACUUGGCAAGGUCACCAAGAAGCAAGGAGUGGCACCAAAGACGUAAGGGGUGGGAAGAAUGGCAAGAAUGAGACGCCAUUCGACAAAAGGCCAUGCCCUUGCGGACGAAAGAACCAAAAACACAAUGCCGUUAAUUGCUUUAUCGUGAAUGAAGCAAUUAGACCCGACUGGUUCAUUCCAAACAAGGAAAACUUGCAAAAGGUCGAGAAAACGCUCUCAGCCGACCCAGAAUGGAAGAAAUGGAUAUUUGAAGCCAUUGAAAACGCUAAAACGCCAUCGAAUGCGGUCCAAUUGAGGAGCAUUGACACUCCACAGCCAACGAAGAUAGCAGAGAAUAUGUCCUUUGCUAGCAGAGCAUUCGGAUCUCACUUCGCUGAUUCUUCAUUUAAAGAGCGGUGGAUUCUUGACACUGGAUCAGGUGUACACGUCUUCUCAAAAAAGAGUCGAUUUGUGAAUCUCCAACCAUGUAAGGAGACUUUAGCGACUGGAGACGGUACCACUGCUGUCCUCGGACGCGGGACAGUCAGACUGACUGGCGUGGACCCGAUAUCGAAGCAAGAAAAGACAAUCACGCUAAGCAAUGCCUGCUAUGCACCUGGUUUUCACGUUAACUUAGUGUCGUACGCAAGGUUGCGAGAAAAAGGAGGCUUUUGGUCUGAAUCUAGAGGCUAUAUACAAGAUCACCAAGGAAUCCCUAUAGUCAGCCUGAGACUAUGGCAUCAUGACGGAUUAUGGGUCUUUGACCAACCAAAUGAAGACAUUCGCAACUCUGCGAAUGCUGUGAGAUCUUCCUCGACACCACUGCAAGAAAAGGCAUCGGCUGAUCUAUGGCACCGGCGCCUAGCUCACAUUCAGCACAAAACGGUGCAUCAAAUCCAGACUAUGGUCGACGGAGUGAUCAUUGAAGGCAAAGAAGACGCCUAUAAGAUGUGCGAGACAUGUCAACUCGGAAGGUCAAAUCGCCAAGUGUCAAGAAGACCAAUUGGACGGGUUUUCGGACGUCUUGGGAGAGUGCACUUUGACCUAAUCCAGCUCCAAAAGGCUUACAAUAAGCAUCAUUGGAUCUCUCAUUUCUAUAUUGAAGGUAUUAGGUUUCACUGGAUCCUAACGCACGAAUAUAAGCCCGAAUGUCAGCUUGCAAUCAAUCAAUUCGUGCAAUUGGCCAAGAAUUGGUGGAACCUACCUAUCAAGGCUUUCAACUACGACAAUGAAGCGGCAGCUGGACGGCCGGCGGAACGGAGUUUGACGUCAGACGGUAUAGUGGUCUAUCAUAGCCCACCUCGACACCCUGAAAUGAAUGGCCAUGCUGAACGGUCAGGGGGUGUCAUCGUGCUCCGCAUGCGAAUGCUGAUGAUAGAGGGAAAGCUCCCUAAGGAACUAUGGCCAGAAGCUGCAAGGGCAGCAGUAUGGCUAUUGAAUCGGACUCCAACGUACCUGGCAAACGAGAAACGCUGGAUUAUCCCAUGGGGAGAAGUGAUGAAGGAGUUCGCAAGCACUGAUAAAACGGUACCAAGAAUCAACCUAUCGAACGUCAGGUUGUACGGGAGUCUUGCCUACUGUCGUAUCGACAAGCAAGUUCAAUCAGAUAAGAUGAAUCCUCGCGCUGAGGUAGGAUUCCUGGUCGGCUAUAUGGCUUCAAAUGUGUGGAGAAUAUGGUUCCCACAGAGUGGGAAGGUGAAGCUUAUUAGAGACGCAGUUUUUGAUGAAUCGCGCCGCUAUAUGCUUGAUUUUCAGCACUUCCAACCUAUUCCAAUGCCAUUGGCUAAAGAACCCAAGGAACUGGAUCAAUCGGAAGCUGAAAGAGCCUUCCAAGCAUCGAUAUCAACUGGGUCGAUGCCAGAAUUCGAGAUAGGAAGCACCAACAAUGAAGACUUAGAUGAAGCAGAAACCCCGAAAACCAACAGAGAGGUUUUUUCAGCUGAAAAACAGUCUCUAUCUAGACAUCAGGGGGUGUAUAGCACACCCGAUCGGCAAAUUGAAGCUACUGAAGCUAUUACCGAAAUUCCCGGAGCUUUUCCGCAAGAGAUACCGCUACCUCCGACUCCACCUUAUGAAGAUCCUGUAACUGGUCAGGGGGUGGAGACAGCAUCGGAAAUGCUCGCAAAUGACCAGUCACAGGAGACCCAGGAGACGUCUAUCGACAUCGUCACCGAUUCGGACGGAGACGCUGAAUUGCAGCUACAAGCGGAGCUUCUUAUACCGCGAGAGCUCGCCCCGAGAGACAUCAACAGUGACGUGAAUGAGGCAAAUAUAGUGACUGGCUCGAGAAGAAGGACAGCAAGAUACGACAACGCAUACAGCACAAUAGAACCACCAGCUUACCUCCAUGCAUUCGCAGCAGGCCUAUACGCUGAGAAACCAAUACGACAUCAUCGGGAUGAUCUCCCUGAGCUUCCGAAGCACUGGAAGGACGUCAUGAAUCAUUCAUUCCAAGGAUUUGUGACAAUAGGAAAAUGCUGGAAACUUCAGAAAGCCCUAUAUGGACUAAGAAUCUCACCGCGCCUGUGGCAGCAGGAAGCGGCAAGAGUUCUUAUGAAAUUAGGGUUCCGACAGGUCCCAGAGGAUCCAUGCGUCUUUAUAGCAGACAGCAUUAUUGUCUUCUUCUAUGUCGAUGAUAUACUGAUAGCAAGCCAUCGACUCGCGAGAGAGAGAGCUAAUCAACUGGAAAGGGAUCUCGAAGCACAUUGGGAACUUACUAACCAUGGAGAAGCAGAGUGGUUCCUGAAUAUACGCAUUAUUCGGGAUCGGAGUAUGAAGAAGCUAUGGCUUUGCCAGGAUAGCUACAUUACCAGCGUGGCAGCUAGGUAUAACCUCACUGAUAGACCACCAGUGUCUACCCCAUUGCCAAUUGAAGAAUUGAAGUCUUAUGAAGGCUUAGCAAGUGCAAAGGAGAUCCACCUAUACCAGCAAAAGGUCGGAUCAAUGGGAUACGCCACCACUAUCACUCGGCCAGAUGCAGCAAAAGCAACUGCGAAGCUUGCUCAAUUCCUGACCAAUCCAGGACCACAGCAUCAAAAGGCAGCAGACCGAGUAAUCAGCUACCUUUACACGACAAGAUAUCUCGCCAUUGAGUACAGUGCUCAAUUGGACAGCGAGAUUGACUCGGUGCAGCUAGCGAGUGACGCGUCAUAUGGAGAUCACGAAGAUAGGAAGAGCUCUGCAGGCUAUAUCUGCCAGGUCUAUGGAGGCCCGGUAGACUGGAAAGCCACGAAGCAGCGAACGGUGACUACCUCCACUACAGAAGCAGAGCUCUUAGGACUGUCAGAAGCAGGAAAGCACCUCCAAUGGUGGAGGAGGCUAUUAGGACAAGUUGGUUUUGAUCCCUCUCACGUUAUCACCAUUCAAUGCGACAACGAGAGAGCAAUUGGACUGAUCACAACUGAAGACGCGAGUUAUGACACCAAACUCCGACACGUGGACAUUCAUCAUCUCUGGCUAAGACAGGAAAUAAGAGCUCGGCGUAUCGCUGUACAAUGGGUGCCGACGGCCAACAUGGUCGCGGACGGUCUCACGAAAUUGCUAUCGAGACAGCAGCAUGAGAAAUUCGUCAAGCUACUCCGCAUGGUCAGUAUUCAACAUCUGAUCAUGCAAAGCUAG